AUGAAUGAACAGGACAAUGUCCCAGCGAAACAUUCAAUUCAUUGGUUUCGACGCGGACUUCGAUUACACGACAACCCAGCAUUGAUCGAAGCAGUCAAAGGGGCUACAACGUUUCGAUGUGUUUACAUCUUGGAUCCAUGGUUUGCCAGUUCUUCCAACAUCGGGGUUAACAAAUGGAGAUUUUUAUUGGAAUGUCUGGAAGAUCUUGACAGCAGUUUAAGGAAACUUAACUCUAGAUUAUAUGUUGUUCUUGGUCAACCAGUAGCUGUUUUUCCUUCCUUGUUCAAGAAGUGGAAGAUAACAGCGUUAACAUUUGAAGAAGAGACCGAACCUCAUGGACGUAAUCGAGAUAACGUUAUAACAUCACUAGCUCACGAUGCUGGAGUGGAAGUUAUUAAGAAAACUUCACAUACAUUAUAUAAUCUUCAAGACAUUAUACAAAUUAAUAGUGGAAAGCCUCCAUUGACCUUUCUGCGGUUCCAGUCCCUGCUGUGUGUGAUGGGGCCACCGAAUGGAACUGUUAAUAAACUAACAGAGAAAUUGAUCAAUAACUGUGAAAAUACAGUACAGAGUGAUCACGAUGAAAAAUAUGGUGUACCAGAUCUCGCUACAUUGGGUUUUGACUGUGCUAAUCUAAAUAAGAUAGCCUUCAAAGGAGGUGAAACAGAGGCUUUAUGUCGACUUCAUCGGCAUCUGGAACGAAAGGCAUGGAUUGCAAGUUUUGAAACACCGAAAAUGACACCUGAAUCUUUAAUGCCAAGUCAGACAACUCUGAGUCCGUAUUUACGGUUUGGUUGUCUGUCAGCUCGGGAGUUUUAUUGGCAGCUUAGAGAUUUAUUUAAAAAGUUAAACCGAGGUGAAGAGCCCUCCCUAGCGAUGUAUGGUCAGUUACUAUGGAGAGAGUUUUUCUAUCUGGUUGCCAGGGACAACAUGAAGUUUGAUCAAAUGCAGGGCAACCCAAUUUGUGUUCAGAUUCCAUGGGAUAAAAAUUCUACAGCGUUAGCCAAAUGGACAGCGGGUAUGACAGGAUAUCCCUGGAUUGAUGCCAUCAUGACUCAGUUAAAGAAAGACGGAUGGAUUCAUCAUCUAGCACGACAUGCCGUGGCUUGUUUCUUAACACGAGGUGAUCUCUGGUUAUCAUGGGAAGAAGGAAUGAAGAUAUUUGAUGAGUAUUUACUGGAUGCUGAUUGGAGUAUAAAUGCAGGAAUGUGGAUGUGGCUAUCAUGUAGCAGUUUUUUUGCUCAAUUUUUUCACUGUUAUUGUCCAGUUAAUUUUGGUAAACGAGUUGACCCUUCUGGUGAUUUUAUAAGGCAUUAUCUACCAAUAUUACGGGCCUACCCACAAGAAUAUAUCUUUGAACCCUGGACAGCCCCUGAGUCAGUCCAGAAAUCAGCUAAAUGUAUUAUUGGUAAAGAUUAUCCCCUACCCAUGGUCAAUCAUCAUGAAGUCAGUCAGUUAAACGCUGAUCGUCUACGACAAGUUUAUCAUCACCUUACACUCAAAGUUUCAAGUAAGUUUAAGAAAACUGAUAGAUAUUAG